AUGGAGGCGACAGCGCACAUCGCCUCGCUGGUCGUGCGAGAUCAGCACUGCAAGAGCGACCUCACCGGCUGCGACCUCCCAGAGAGUGCGACGCACGUAGUCGGGGUGCUCUCAAAGUGGGCGGCGCCCGACGCCGGCUGGGACCGCGUGCUGUCGUCGGUCUCGCUGUACGACAUCGCGCGCCACGCGUACCAGCAGGCGCAGUACGACGAGGCCAUCAUAGCGCUGGAGGAGUCGCUCGCGCUGCGGCUGUUCGCCUACGCGGACCAGCCGACGCUCGACAAGUGGCAGCAGGCGCGCGCGCGCGCGCGCUCGGGAGGGCUGGUCCUGCCGGGCAGCCUGUUCCGGCGCCAAAAGAUGGACCUGGCCAACAUCCUGGUGCUGCGCUCGGACUGCCUGGUGCAGCUGGCGCAGGAGCAGCAGGACGUGGACGACCUCACAGAGGCCACGGAGCUGCUCAACCUCGCGACGGCGCUGCUUAAGGCGGCCAACGAGCUCGUGCCAGACAGCGUCAACGCUCUGCGGCGGCGCGCGCAGACGGUGGCCAAGGUCGCGCUGGACCUGCUCCCGCGGCUGAAGCCAGCGAGGGUCGCGGAGGUGCUCUCGCACUACGGCGUCUCCUGCCCGGCCGGCAAGCCCGGUAAAGGCGGCGGCGGCGGCGGGGGCUGCGCGGGCGGCGGGAUGGAGGGUCUGGCGCGGCUCGUGCCGCUGCUGCGGCUGCCCGUUGUCGUCCGCGGCGCGGGCGCGGGCGCGCGGCUCGAGGCGCCGGACGACCCGUUCGCGUCGCACGUCACGGCGCUGCUGCGGCGGCCGGCGGAGCACGUGGCGCAGUACAUGCAGCGGGUGUUCUUCCGGCUGCUGACGAUGGUGCCGAUGGACUAUUUAGCGGAGUUGGACGUGGCCUGCCGGAAGCGCAACCCGGCGGGGCGGUGCGUGAGCUACCUGCCGCACUGGGUGACGGCGCAGGCGAUCACGGUGGACAAGCGGACGGGGCUGGUCCAUGUCAGCAGCCCCUCCGCCUGCGGCGCGGGGGACGACGACGAGUGCGGCUGCUGCGGCAGCGGCGGCGGCGGCGAGGGCGGCGGCGGCGGCGGCGACGGAAAGGCGGCGGCGUCUGCUGCGGCGCUGCUGCCCGCAGCGGCGCGGCGCGGCGGCGCGGCGGGCGCGUGCGUAUGCGGGCUGCGGCGGCUUGACGCGGACGGGGCCGUGGCGGGGCCGCCGCUGGCGGGCGGGCACUAUGACGAGAGCGGCGCCGGGAUGCAGCUCUGCGGCUUCCUUCAUAUCCGCGCCAUCCCGCCUGGCGUGGAGCUGCCGAGCAGCGGGGGGUCUUUGACGCCCGAGGAGCAGCGCGAGCUGCAGCGCAAGGCGGCGGAGGGCGCGGCGGCCGAGGCGCGGCCGGGCGCGCGGCCGGCGCCUUGGACGACCUGA